AUGCUCCCGCUACCCCAACACAAACAACAUCGAGCCUCUUCUACCGCUGUCAUCUCCACUGUGGUCUUCAGCCUCCUCUACUGCUGCCAUCUCCACUGUCUAAAAAGCCCCUCCGACACCCCCCAAGCAUCUUCCAUCGAUGAAGAUUUAGAUCCGACAUUUCCCUUUGAAAUCGUCACUAGAUUCACCUGCAUCUUGGUGUCAUACAUCUUCUGGCGUGAUCGAUCUGAAAAUGGGGUCUACUUUAGCGGGUUUUGUAAGUUGAAUCAAAUCGAUUCAGCCAACAGAGUGCUAGAUCGGAUGAGAAAUCAAGGGUUUUCAUCGGACAUGGUUACUUACAAUAUUAUGAUCGGGAGUCUAUGUAGUAGAGGGAAACUUGGAUUUGCUAUGAAGAUGUUGAAUAAGCUACUGGAGGAUAAUUGUAAACCUAUGGUGAUUACUUACACAAUUUUGAUCGAGGCCACCAUUUUUGACGGUGGGAUUACCGAAGCGAUGAAGCUUCUUGAUGAAAUGCUCGUUCUUGAGGACUGUUCAAGUUCUUGGCAGAUCAGACGCAGUAAUCUUCUAAUGGGAAUGGAGGUGGCUAAUAUAUGUAUGGACAAGGAGGAGUUUGAAGAGAAGAAAUGUGUUACUGAAGAAAUAGAACCUACAAAUGAACAUUGUGAAGAUCAAAGACAUGAGGAAGAAGAUCAUGACACAUUGGAGAAGACAAUAUCUGAUACUACUCAACAUCAACAAACAGAAGGUGAAGUCAAGAAGUUGACCACAACAGUCAAACCUUUGACCAAAUCUGCUAAAACAAAACACACAGUCCCACAGCCUUUUGCUCUUGCUACUGAAAAACGCGCGCAAUGUGGAACUCGCCCUGUUGGCAAUCCUGUAGCCAAGUCAUCUCAUUCAAAGAAAACAAAUGAGAUAAUUCCACCUUCAGUAGCGAGGAAGCCAUUGCAACCAGAUAACAAGAAGCAUCCGGAUGAUGAUGAUUCUUGUUCUGUAGCAUCUUCUACUGCUGCAUCAGCAAGGACAAUAAUGUCCAAACCCACUUCUGCAUCCGCUCCGGUUUUCAGGUGUAGCACACGUGCAGAGAGACGAAAAGAGUUCUAUUCCAAAUUAGAGGAGAAACAACAAGCACUUGAAGCUGAGAAAGUUCAAUGUGAGGCAAGAACCAAGGAAGAAAAAGAAGCAGCAUUGAAGCAGCUGAGAAAGAGCUUGUUAUUCAAGGCAAACCCAAUGCCAAGCUUCUACCAUGAGGGCCCACCACCUAAAACUGAGCUAAAGAAGCCACCACCAACACGUGCAAAAUCACCAAAACUUGGAAGAAGAAAAAGCUGCAGUGACACCACCGGUUUAGACAAAAGAAGUGGAGCACAUGCUAGAGUUCGAAAUAGCCUUGGAAUCUACAGAGUGACAACAAAUCAAAAGGACAAAAUUACCCUUCAAACCACCACUGAAGAAAUGGAGGACCCAAAUGGGUCAAUUUUGUCCAACAUUACUGAAGACUUUGAUGCUAAGAUUGAUAUGCAAUCUUAGAGGGAGGUUUUUAUGGGUGAGGUUUUCUAAUUUAAUACAAUUUCGAUUGUAUUUUUAAAUUUUAUUUUUAACUUUAUCAUGUGGUCAUUAUGAUCUUGAUUGAGAAUCUGUUGAAGUUAUUUUGUUGACAUGUUUGGUAUUUAUAAAUUAUAAUGUAUGAGGUGUAAAUUAUACUCCAAGUUGUGUACUUAUCUAUGGAAGAAAAAAAAAUGUUGUAUUGUUGUA